AUGUCAAUACCUGAAGGUGGAGCUCAUUCAAGGCUAUCUUAUACUUUGUUUGCAGCAGAUCCAAAUGAAGAUACAGAAUGGAAUGAAAUUUUAAGAGAUUUUGGCAUUCUUCCUCCAAAAGAAGAGCCAAAAGAUGAAAUUGAAGAAAUGGUUUUACGUUUACAGAAAGAAGCAAUGGUUAAACCAUAUGAAAAGAUGACUCUUGCACAGUUGAAGGAAGCUGAAGAUGAAUUUGAUGAUGAAGAUAUGAAAGCUAUUGAAAUAUAUAGAGAAAAGCGGUUACAGGAAUGGAAAGCUCUUAAUAAAAAACAAAAAUUUGGGGAAUUAAGAGAAAUUUCUGGAAAUCAGUAUGUGAAUGAAGUCACAAAUGCAGAAAAGGAUGUGUGGGUUAUAAUUCACCUGUACAGAUCAAGCAUCCCAAUGUGUUUGUUGGUUAACCAGCAUCUUAGUCUCCUAGCAAGAAAGUUUCCUGAGACUAAAUUUGUUAAAGCCAUUGUGAAUAGCUGUAUUCAACACUACCAUGACAAUUGUUUACCAACAAUUUUUGUUUAUAAAAAUGGUCAGAUAGAAGGCAAAUUCAUUGGAAUUAUAGAAUGUGGAGGGAUAAAUCUCAAGCUAGAAGAACUUGAAUGGAAGCUAGCAGAAGUUGGAGCAAUACAGACUGAUUUGGAAGAAAACCCCAAAAAAGGCACUGUAGAUGUGAUGGUAUCUUCGAUUAGAAACACUUCUAUUUAUGAUGACACUAAUAGUUCAAACAGCGAUAAUGAUGAUACCAAAUAGAAAUAUUUAAUAAAUAGCUUUAAAGCAUUUAUGUAUGGAAUGUUUUAUUUGCCACUGCCUUUAUAAUCAAAGAGCAGAAAAUUUGUAAAUAAAUUUUUCUUUUUUAUAUUAGAACUAUAGCUUAUAUGUCAUUAUAAAAACUUUUGGGUAUUUUAGAAUAUUCAUUGCCUCCAACAAAACUAGAAUUUGUACUGAACGCUUCAUAUUUUUCUGUGGUUUAUCCUUUUUCCGAUCCGUAUUGGACAAAAACAAAAAUAUUACAAGUCCUCUGUGUUGCCUACUCACUUUGAAAGAGGCUUAUGAAUAAAAGUGAUGAAA